CUGUUGUGGGUCACUCUUCUCUUAAAGACAGCAAGUCCGUAUUGGCCCCUGCUUUGUAUUCCCUCGCCUACAAAUAUCCACAGGUCAAAGCAGGAGUAGUGAUAAGGAAUAAGUUGGAUUUGAGGUACAACACUGACUUUGUUUCUUCUGUUCCCAUGGCCUGGAAGAAAGUGGAGCUUUCUCUCAACUUCUUGCUCUUACUCUGCAUAGUUAGACUAUCUCAAGGGAAGGAGUUCAUCAAAUCUAGGCAUCCAUAUCUGAGAACAGCAAGUAGCUUCUUAUCAACAGAAGCACCCGCAUAUGACUACAUUAUAGUUGGAGGAGGCACAGCUGCUUGCCCACUUGCUGCCACUCUCUCUCAGAAAUUCAAUGUUUUGGUGCUGGAGAGGGGUGGCUCCCCCUAUGGCAAUCUGAAUGUCUCCUACUUGCAGAACUUCCACAUAUCUCUUGCGGACACCUCCCCCAAAUCAGCCUCUCAACCAUUCAUUUCCACUGAUGGGGUCAUCAAUGCCAGAGCCAGAGUUUUGGGAGGAGGCACUUGCAUCAAUGCUGGCUUCUACACAAGAGCCAGCCAUAGCUUUGUGCGUGAAGCUGGUUGGGAUGCUGAUUUAGUAAAUAAGUCAUACCCUUGGGUCGAGAAGCAGAUAGUCCACUGGCCCAAACUGGCACCAUGGCAGGUUGCACUUAAAAAUGGGCUUCUUGAAGCCGGUAUCUCACCAUUUAAUGGAUAUACAUUUGACCAUAUCUAUGGAACGAAGGUUGGGGGCACUAUCUUCAAUGAGCAUGGCUUCCGACGCACUGCUGCUGAUCUUCUUCUUGCUGGGAACCCUAAGAACCUGAGAGUCUUGCUUCAUGCAACCGUGCAAAAGUUAAUCUUCGAUACCAGAGGGGGAAGGCCGAAGGCAAUUGGAGUGCUGUUCAUGGAUGAGUUUGGUGAGAAGCACCGGGCUUUCAUCAAUGCCAAUAGUCAGAGUGAAGUCAUCGUAUCAUCUGGCACUAUAGGCAGCCCCCAGCUGCUUAUGCUGAGUGGUAUCGGACCGGAGAAUGAACUCAAGAAGCUGAACAUCCCAGUGAUCCUCCACAACGAAUAUAUAGGCAAAGGAUUAUCUGACAAUCCCAUGAAUGCCAUCUUCUUACCAACCAAGAAGCCUAUUGAACAAUCUCUGAUCCAGACUGUUGGUAUCACAAAAUUUGGCGCCUUUAUUGAGGCCAGUAAUGGGUUCGGCCAGUCGUCUGACAGCAUACAGUGCCAUCACGGCAUCAUGUCUGCUGAGAUUGGGCAGCUCUCCACAAUCCCUCCCAGACAGAGAAGCCUAGAUGCCGUCAAAGAGUACGUGAGAACUAGGCACGAAAUUCCCCGGGAGGCAUUCCAAGGUGGCUUCAUACUAGAAAAGAUCGACGGCCCACUCUCCACUGGUCAUCUCUCCUUAAUUAACACCGAUAUCAAUUCCAAUCCAUCCAUUACAUUCAACUACUUCAGCCAUCCUGCUGAUCUCCAGCGGUGUGUUGAAGCGAUCCGAACCAUCGAGAAGAUCAUACAAACUGAGCAGUUUGCUGAUCUCGCGGAAGACAACUUCCACACGAAGGCGAUGUUGCUCAACAUGAGUGUCAAAGCGAACGUCAACUUCAUACCGAAACACACCAAUGACACUGCAUCACUUGAGCAGUUUUGCAAGGACACUGUGAUCACAAUCUGGCACUACCAUGGUGGAUGCCAUGUAGGAAAGGUCGUUGACAAUAACUACAAGGUUAUCGGCAUUGAUAAUCUACGCGUUAUCGAUGGUUCCACCUUCAACAGCUCCCCCGGUACAAACCCACAAGCAACUGUCAUGAUGUUGGGCAGAUACAUGGGGGUGAAGAUCUCAACGGAGAGGCUAGGAAAGCCAUAAUGCAAGAGAUUGGAUUGUUAAUGUUAUUGAGUGAAUAUGAUUAUAUUGCAGUGAAUUUUGUUUGUAUUUAGGUCCAAGCAUGAAAUAGUAUUUAGAUGUUAGUGCAGUACCUUCCUUCAUAGAUUUGUAGUUUUUAAUAGAUAGAUAUGCUGAGAGUGAUGUUGUUUCUACUAUGCCUUAAUGUGUGAGAUUGCUUGUAAUCCUUUGUGAUUUCAUCAGCAUUAGAUUUAUCUGAAUAA